AUGAGUGUCUGGCUGCUUGUAUCGAUUACGGUAGAUCGAUAUCUGGCCGUAUGCCAUCCUUUUGUAGUCGGAAGCUACUGUACACGAAAACCGCAUUUUUCCAGGUCUCGUGCUCUUCUGACCGUGCUACUUAUCGUGAUAUUCUCUGUUGUGUACAAUUUUGUGCGAUUUCUGGAGUUCCAAAUUAUUGAGUCUAGCACAGGGGCUAUGGAACCCAUAUACUCCAUUUUAGAGACGCUAGAAGCAAUUGUGCAGCCUCUGCUUCGAGACAGUGCUUUGUUCAUGUUAUGGUACCAAAAUAUCGCAACAUUGCUGUCGCAGUUCGUUCUUCCUCUCCUUGUGCUAUGUGUUCUGAAUUUACAAGUAGCGCGCACGAUUCUGCGGGCCACAGAACAACGACGUGAACUUGUAGCAUCUGAGAAACGUGAACAUAGUACAGCCAAAAUGAUGAUUUUCGUCGUCAUAGUAUUCCUUGUGUGCUACACGUUCUCAUUCAUUCUCAACGUCGCCGAGAUACUAUUUUCGGCGUUGUUUCGACAUCCAAUAGGAUACUUAUUGAAUGAUAUCAAUAAUAUACUGGUAGUAGUGAACACAUCAUCGCCCUUUAUGUUCUAUGUGAAAUACUCAACGAGGUGGGUUGAAGCUUCCAAUUUCAGCGCCUCAUUUUCAGAGUAG